GCAUAGAAAUCGUGAUCAAAUCAAAACAAAACUGACGUGUUAUUGUUUAGGCGUAUGUUUAAAAAUAUUUUAUAAUAUUUUUAUUAUCGGUAGUGAAAAAUUUACCGUCACAUGGUAUACUAAAUAUUUUUAUAGAGAUGUCUGAUGCUGAAAGACUUCUACAAAAUAGCGGGCCGGCCGGAGAAGGCGCCGAAUCAACUAGAGAGGGCGAUUCAUCUUCAUUUGUACCAGAACGCGAGGCAUAUUUUCAGGCCUUACGACUAUGGAUUCAGCAAGCGCAGAUGUAUCACAAUCUUUCAACGUGUUUUCCCUAUUAUAUGAUGACCUUUCAAGGUCUGCAAAAUAAUCCAACAAAUGUACCACUUCUUAACAACAACUAUCAAUUACAAGGACAACAUUUUCCCUUCCAAGUUCCACAGCCUCCUCGAAACGCUCCAGAGCCUCAGGUUCCCAUUGAACAUCAUACUGCAGCGGAAGUGAUAGCUCGACAUGGGGGCUAUGAAUAUAUGAUACCCCCUCUUUACAAGAGACUUUUUGCUGAAUUUAUUGACUUUGUUCUACUGUUCAUUUUGAAACUGCUAGUCACAUUUAUUGCCAUUGAUAUGUUUGAAUUAAUUGAUUUGGAAAAAUUUGAUUUCUAUAAGUUUAGUGAAAAUUAUGAUGACUAUAAAUAUGCAAUUGAACUAACAUCAGAAAUAUUAUUCCUUGAAAUUAUUUAUAGAGUGCUGGUUUGCAUAUUUGAGGCAUUCUGUUUAAGUGGAAGUGUUGGACGGACUGGUGGUGCUACUCCCGGCAAAGCCUUACUGGGCCUCCGUGUCGUAACUGCUUCAGCUAUUAUCCCAGUUGAAGGCCGCCCCAAGGAGACAGUGCUACUUUAUCCUGGCCGGCCUCUUACUUUUGGCCUCGCACUUGUUAGGUCUCUCAUGAAGAAUUUUCUGAUUUCCCUUUUGUUUCCACUCUGUGUUGUUCUUUUUGUUUUCCGUCAUAAUCGCACUGGUUAUGAUCUGCUUUGUGGUGUGAUUGUUGUUGAAGAAAAUAUGUUCCCGCCCAGAAGACAUGCCCCUUAGAUGUAUCAUAUCUUGACUUCUAUUUAAUUUGUUAUGGUCUUUUUUUGGUUUAAAUUUAUUCCAUAAGAUAGUUUAAGAUACACAUUUUUUUGGUUAUUAAAUGUGUUUUGUUUUUAUAGUGAAUCAUUUCACUGAACUUUCUUGUAUUAUAUUCUGAAUGAACUGUCAAAAGUAUGAAUUCAAACAAGUUGGUACAUUUAUCAUAUAAUAUUCAAUUUAAUUAAAGUUUUUAAUAACUGUUUAUAUGAUUAUAAUGUAAGGAUGCUUUUUCAUGGUUUCAUUGAAAUCGAGGUUUUAAUUAUUUCUAGCAUUAGUGUAGUAUUUGUGGGUUAGUUAAACAUUUAUUAUUACAUCCUGAGCUUAUUCUGUUUAUUUUCAAAAUUAAAUUGCCAAUCAUAUCAUACAUCUACAUUGUCUCAUGUUUUGAAAUGGACAAUUAUAUUGGAUUUUUACUAUUAAUAUUAAAUUUAUAGUACAUAAAUAAAUUGUAUAAUUGUCUUUACUUCCAGAUUGAUUUAAAACAAAAAAUGUCACUUAUUAUUUAUUAUAAAUCUUGGAAACUAGGUACAUAUGUAUGGGUUUAACCUAAAUAAAUAAUAUAAGAGAAAUCCUAAUUAAAAGCUUUGUGAUAUUGAUACCUAAAAUAUUUUAUUUAUACAAAAAAUUCCAAUAAAUUUAAUUUUACGAUAAGUUUUCAUUUGUUUCCUUUAAAUUAUAGUUGUAGUCUUUGUGACUGUGUUUAAUAACUUAAGUAAUACCAUACAUCAAAAGCGCCAAAGCGUAAUAUUUUUCCGAAAUCAGCACGUAGCUUUGCAAAUAACAUUUAUACAUACUAAACUUAUUUAUAUUAUAUUAUAUAGUAUAAAUGAGCGAUGAGUCAUUAUCCAUUUUUUAAAUCACAUAACGUAACCGCUUUCAGAUCGCCAAUCACCGAUAUCAAAACUAUAUUUUUGAUAACUAGUUAUUUCUACACCGCUACAAAGUCAAAGCGAAUUUUACUCUUAUACAACCACGAUACAGCUCUAUUUUGGGUUGGUUAUUUGAUUACUCCGAAAGCCGAGCAACGCGAUAGACAGUGAAUAACUGUCUCUCGCGAAUAACGUCCAGACAUAUGUAUAAAGUCAACUAGUAAAAUAUUGUGACUUUGAAAAUUUGUCUAAUAUACCCAUUCAAAUCGAGAAAAUAAGUAAUCGAUCGCUGUCUUUUAUCAUUUGGCCUUUUUAUCAUUGAUAUUAGAUGACCUAAAAAUAAAAACUAGUUUAA